AUGGCUGUGGAACUCUGUUUGCUGCUGCUGCUGCUGUUUUGUGGAAGUACUGUUUCAGAGGUACAGCCUAUAUACAAACCGCCUCCUGGGACUUUGGAUUUUGGAUUUGUACCAGCCAAGACGUAUGAUACCGGUGUAUACCAUGAACCUGGGCCAAUAGGAGUUUUGUUUGAAACAGUACAUUCAUUCCUAUACUUAGUGCAGCCAAAUUCUUUUCCUCAAGAUCUCGUCAGAAAACUAGCACAGCAGAAGUUUGGAAAUACACAGGAUGAUUAUCAAAAGGUAAAUUGUCUAUGUGUAUCUGCAUAA